AUGCACAAGAUGGGGGAUCUGACACAACAGUUAGUGAGCAUUUUGGGGCUUGCCAAUGCUCUGUGUGAGAGUAUCACCGUGAAUGAAGUGAAAGAAUCCCUUGGCGUCUUUCAGCACCUCUUAAAGGAAAUGUUGCAGCACUUAAAUCAGAGCCCGUCCUUGGCACAGUGGUUAUACAAUUCAGCCUUUAAUCCAGCUCUCCUUCAGAAGUGGCUAAGGAAGCAGGAAAUCGAAGGCAAAGCUAUUGACCAUCUCGUAAGAAACUUCGUCGAUUCAGGAGUGGAAAUUCGUGAUGCAUCAAAUGCGCUUCAGGCCACCAGUCAGACAAUCACAUCAGUGUUAUGCUUCUUCUAUAAAGGCACUGAUUAUGCAGAUCCCUUUCUGGAAAGCUUGAAUAGUUGUUUGAUACAACAAUCAAUCCCUCUCGUAACAACGACAUCAGUUUACGAGGAUUCUGACCAAGUGCAGAUGCUGUUUGAAUAUCAACGCAUUUUCCUCCAUUAUUCAAAGUCUCAGGGGAACCGAGCUAUUAAGUAUGUGGCAGCAGGAGCGGCUGCACUCGAUGGCGUGUGCGCUAUCAUGCUGAGUGAAGCAGGAGGGUUAUCCACGCAAGCGUUUGUCCCUCCAGGAGAACCGACUAAUGUUCAACUUCAGGGUUCACCUGAUGGAGUAUUCAUCGAAGUUUAUUGGAAUGGGCCAGCUGUUGGGGGGAACUACGUCAACGGAUUCCUGGUGUGGUUCAGAGCUGACAGUGACCUAACAGAAAAUUGGCAAUAUGUUACGGUCGAGUCUUCGCCAGCUAGGAUUUCCCUUCUGGUUCCAAGACAGAGACAACAUUUCAAGGUGAGCGCCACAUCUCGUCUUGGAGUUGGACCGUUUAGUCCGACUGUCAGCUGGAGCGUCCCCAUCCCUCAAACCCAACAGCUACCUUCAUAUCCCAGAGUUUCUCCAUCACCCUUUGGUCAACAUCCUCAUUUAAAACAUGACAGAUCAAACGGAUUUACACAAGAAACCGCAAUGCCUGAUCGUCAAGAUGAAAAGCAAUUUCAAGUCGAACGCAGUAUGUCUCCAAAAGCGCCAGGGUCACCUGCUGAGUACUUGAAGCAGAAGGGAACUCUCAUUCGCCCAGGAAGACCUUCCUUGUAUAGAAUCCAAGCAGUGGAUGUUAUGCGAGAUUCAGAAAGUGAAACCUCCAAGUGUAAAAUUCCUUUUGAAUUGGUCCAUGAGGACAAAGAGGACAAAGUCAUCAUUCUUCUCGGCGCCACAGGAGCAGGGAAGAGCACUCUGGUGAACGCAUGUGUAAAUCACUUUUACGGAGUGGAGUGGGAAGACCCCUUCAGACUGAUAUUGAUCCCAGAUUCUGAAAGUGGAAAACCAAAAGCUGAGAGUCAGACGUCCUGGAUCACAGCCUAUACCUUCCCAUGGCAAGUGGGAUGUCGAGCCCCCUACAACCUCACGAUCGUGGACACUCCAGGGUUUGGAGACACGAAAGGAUUAAUGGGGGACAAAAACAUCACUAACCAACUUCAGAAAUUCUUCACCAAGAGCAAACCGGAAGGCCUCGAUCAUCUUGAUGGGAUCGGCUUCGUGCUUCAAGCAUCCAAUGCUAGAUUGACGCCGACUGAAAAAUAUAUAAUUGACUCAAUUCUCUCUGCUUUCGGGAAGGACGUCGUCAAUAACAUUUAUUUGAUGAUCACAUUUGCUGACAGCAAGAUUCCACCUGUACUCGGGGCUAUCAAGGAAGGGCAGAUACCAUUCGUGGAUUUUUUUCGCUUCAACAAUUCAGCCCUAUUCUCUUCUCCUAACGCUAGUGAUUCCGAGGAUUCUCGUUUCGAUGCCAUGUUUUGGAAACUGGGAAGAAGGAGUUUCUCCAAUUUCUUUGUCAAGUUCCAGGAAUCAAAGUCAGUAAGUAUCAGCCUGAGUAAGCAAGUUCUGAAAGAGAGACAAGCUCUCGAAGCAACCAUCCAAGGAAUUCAAACUCGGAUCCAAGAUGCACUGAAUAUCCUCAGUACCAUAAAAUAUGAAACAGCCAUACUGGAGCAAAGAAAGGCAGAAGUAAACACCAACAAACACUUCUCUUACCAAGCGCAGGUGACAAAACAGAGAAGAGUCGCUCUGAAAAGAGAUAACUUGAUCAGAGCCUCUCGACAGAAAUACGUAGAAACUCAAUUGGAAAUGAUGGAUCUUCUCCGGGAUGCUCAUAAGAAACUCUGCAUAUUGGAUGAGAUCGCCUUGAAGCCGAAUCCAAUGACCAUCACAGAUUAUAUUGACCUCUUGAUCUCAUCAGAAAACUACCAAAUGAGGCCCGGCUGUAUGGAUAGGGUCAGAAUCCUUCAAGAAAUCCGUGAGAGUGCGGAAAUGAAAACCAUCGGUAAAGAAGGAAGUCGUAAUCGAGGAAAAGGAGAUGACUCACGGAAGUCGUCUGACUUCUCGGCGCAUAAGGACGUUGGCCUGAAUCAGAAUAUCCUCAAGGAUGACGAUUCAUUGGAAGAAGAUCCACAAGACAGGCAGGGUGAACGAGCACUA